CGAAGCAUCCCAGAAAAAGAUACAAAAAAGGGCUUGUCUUGUCUGGUCUACAUAUUCUUCAUAUUCUCUGAAUCUCUGUAUUGUUGUUUUGUGUUGAAUCAAAGACAAUUCUUUAACAAUUCAACACAAAGCCAGCAAUCACGGUCCUAUAUUGUGUAUAAUUGGUAUCGAUUUGUGUCUCUAUUCUAUAUGUAUGCACAUUGCAUUCUGAGAAUUUCAUCCAAGGGUUUUGAAUUUUUGAUAUAUGGUGAUGGUGGAAGCGGAGAUUGGGAAGAAGAAUCGGAGUUGGAAGAGGUGGAGAUGGGUUUUGGGGGCGGUGGUCGCUGUGUUAGUCGCUACAGCAGUCUCCUCCAGACAUUCCCCGAAGAAGAUCUCUCUCUUCUUCAAUGAUCACAACUCCUGCACCUGUUCUAAGGAUUCACGGAAAUAUACAGGCAUGGUGGAGGACUGUUGUUGUGAUUACGAGACGGUAGACAGUAUUAAUGCAGAAGUGCUGCAUCCUUUGCUCCAAGAGCUUGUCACAACUCCAUUUUUCCGAUAUUUCAAGGUAAAGUUGUGGUGUGACUGCCCUUUCUGGCCUGAAGAUGGUAUGUGCCGCUUGCGCGAUUGCAGUGUUUGUGAAUGUCCAGAAACUGAGUUUCCAGAAAUUUUUAAGAAGCCACCACGCGGUCUUCCGUCUGAUGAUUUAGUAUGUCAAGAGGGAAAGCCACAGGCUACUGUUGACCGCACACUAGACAGUAAAGCUUUUAGAGGCUGGAUGGAAGUAGAUAACCCCUGGACCAAUGAUGAUGAGACAGACAACAGUGAGAUGACAUAUGUAAAUCUCCAAUUGAAUCCUGAACGUUAUACCGGCUAUGCUGGUCCGUCCGCCAGAAGGAUUUGGGAUGCUGUAUAUUCGGAAAAUUGUCCAAAAUAUUCUUCGGGGGAGAUUUGCCAGGAGAAAAAAGUCUUAUACAAAUUAAUAUCUGGUCUUCACUCCUCAAUUUCAAUCCACAUUGCUGCUGAUUAUCUCCUUGAUGAAUCUACCAAUCUGUGGGGUAAAAAUCUUGAAUUGAUGCAUGAUCGUGUUUUGAGAUACCCCGAUCGUGUCAGAAACUUGUACUUCACUUUCCUCUUUGUUCUUCGAGCUGUGACAAAAGCAGCUGAUUACUUGGAGCAAGCUGAGUAUGAUACCGGUAACCAUGCUGAGGACCUGAAAGCACAGUCUAUGAUGCGUCAGUUACUUUACAACCCCAAACUGCAAGCUGCAUGUCCUCUUCCAUUUGAUGAAGCUAAAAUGUGGCAAGGCCAAAGUGAACCUGAACUGAAGCGGCAGAUUCAAAAGCAAUUCAGAAACAUUAGUGCCCUCAUGGAUUGUGUGGGAUGUGAAAAGUGUCGUCUUUGGGGAAAGCUGCAGGUUCUUGGUCUCGGUACUGCUUUAAAGAUCCUCUUCUCUGUCAAUGAUCAAAACUACCCCGAUCAAAUUCUGCACCUGCAAAGAAAUGAAGUAAUUGCUUUGGUAAACCUGCUCAAUCGACUCUCUGAAUCUGUUAAACUUGUCAACGAAAUGGGCUCUUCGACUGAGAAUAUCAUGGGAGGGCUGGUUUCUAAAGCAACUGCACAAGAAAUUAGUUCAUGGCGAAGAAUCUGGGACUCCUUGAUUGGGCUUCGAAAUGACAUUUUCAGGUUGGUGAAGCUGCCAUUAUGACACAACAUCUAGUAAUAUUCUCACAUCAAUUUUGAAGGCAAUGUAAAGCAUCAAGACAAACUGACCUUGAAGAGUCUACAUCAGGGUUUGAGAAACAUAAUUUUUUAAGGAAUAUAAAUGCAUACAUUUAUAGAGGAGGACGAAACGCGAGUAGUGUUGGAUCUGAACAAUUUUCACAUUAGCAUUUGCCCAUACAAAUUGUUUUGUAUUUUCGAAGUGUUGUCAAUUUUCUGUA